AUGACACAUCUAGAUGUCUCUUACAACAGACUUUCUGGAAAUAUCUUCAACAGCAGCGAUUCAACUUGCUCUUCACUCAAAGUGCUGAAUAUCUCUAGUAACUUCUACUCAGGGCCGCCUUUAUUGUCGUUGGGGCUUAAGAACUUGGAACUACACUCGUCUCUUGAAGUUCUGGACGCAAGCUACAACUCGUUCACAGGUGAAUUACCCAAAUUCCAUGCGAAUCUGAAGCACUUGGAUUUCAGCUCCAACAUGUUCACCAAAACAAGCAGCAACAUCUGUCCCACUGAUUCAAAGCUAAGGAACUUGCUCCUGCCUAAUAACAGGUUGACCGGUCCACUACUAGACUCUCUAGUCGACUGCCGAAGGUUGCAGUUGCUAGAUGUGAGUUUUAAUGAGUUAACUGGAGGAAUACCCGACCAGCUAUGCAGCAGCCUUCCUAAGCUGCAGCAUUUACAUGCUUGGGGGAAUGGCCUCCAGGGAUCCAUUCCGUCAACCUUGGGUAACUGCGUCAACUUGAGUACUAUUCUUCUCAGUCACAAUAAUCUCAAUGGCAGCAUACCUACUCAGCUAUCUGGUCUGCACAAACUCUGGUGGCUAAGCUUAGGUAGCAACUAUCUGACUGGAAAGAUACCAUCUUCAUUUGGGGAGCUAGAUAACUUGGUCUGUCUGCAGCUGACCAACAACUCCUUAGAGGGUGAAAUUCCUAAAGAAAUGGAUGGAUCCAAGAGUUUGUACGUGAUGGAGCUUGCAAGCAACUCGUUCAGUGGAAAACUACCUGGUAGAAUUGGUCGCAAGUUCAGCGGAGUUGAAAUAACCGGGUCUAUUGUUGACAGCAUGUAUGUAGUUGCACGAACACCUGGUCCCAUAUGCAAAGGCAGUAACAUGCUCUUCAUUGUACACGGGAUCCGUCUUCAUGAUCUUGAGCGGCACUUGUUUGCAAGGACUGGCUGCUUUGCUCCCUUGAACAUUAAUCCACCUUACGUGUUGAACAUCAGCAGCCCGCUCAUCAUUCAGCUUUCUUAUAACCAGCUGAGUGGAGAGAUUCCUGAAGAAAUUGGACUCAUGCGCAGUCUUUUGAUCUUGGAUGUUGCACACAACAAUCUCAGUGGCCGGAUUCCUGAAGUUCUAGGCAACCUUGAGGGUAUGCAAGUCCUGGAUUUAUCAGAGAAUGCUCUGCAUGGAAGUAUACCCGCUUCGCUCUCGCAGCUCACAUUCCUGUUUCUCUUCAAUGUCUCGUACAACAACUUGUCUGGCCGUAUUCCACAAAGCGGACAGUUUUUUACUUUCACAGGAGGAAGCUUUGAAGGAAAUCCUGAACUUUGUGGCUUGCCACUUCCAACCAAGUGUUUUGCUGCUGAUCCACCAGUUCUGACAAAUAUUGCUCAUCCUAUAAGUGAUGAUGGGAUCCAAGACAUUUUGGUGGCCGCCUUGGUCUCUGAAACUAUAGCCUUCGUCAUAUGCUGCGCCUUGAGUUUCUAUUGCAGCAGCAAGUAUACCUACAAGCUGUCCCAGACGUCUAGCUAUAUGUGA